AUGGGUGAUUCCAGUUCAAAUACUGGUCCUAACGUUCCUGAACCUACUAGUCCUCUGUUCUUACUUCCUUCCGAUUUGCCGGGAAUGUCUCUUGUUAGUGUUCCUUUCUCUGGGACAGACAUUGCUGAAAGUGUACAAUACUCAGAAACAACUGAGAGUAUUUGGAAACAAUUAAACAAUAGACAUGGGACUGUUAGUGGAACUAAAGUUUUUGAGAUUAAAAGAGAGUUGUCCUCCACUUAUCAAGGAUCCCUAGAUGUUGCAUCUUACUUUAAUAAGCUUAAAAAACUUUUGGAUGAGUUGGAGAUUAUGCGUAGUAGUCAUGCUAAUGCUUGUGCUGCUAAAAAAGGUCUCCAGAAAGAAAAGGAAGAAGACAAAGUUCAUCAGUUUCUAAUGGGCCUAAAUGAAGUCUAUGUAGGAGUUAGAAGCAAUAUCUUAAUGAUGCACCCAUUGCCUUCCCUUGAUAAUGUUUAUAAUAUACUCCUACAAGAUGAAAAACAAAGACAAGUUCUUCCAAAUUCACAAGCUUAUUCCGAAUCAGCCUCUUUCCAUGCAAAUUCCAACAAUAUAAUCAAAGUCAAUCCUGAUCACAACAAGGCUUCAUUGUUCUACAAGUACUGCAAGAAGCCUGGCCAUGUAAUUGAAAAAUGUUACAAGUUACAUGGGUUUCCUCAGAAUUUCAAGUUUACAAGAGGUAAAAAGUUUGGUACUGUUGCUGUUGUUGAAGGGCAGCCUCCUGAUGUUUCUGAUCAUGCUCCUUUACAUGCUGAGGAAUCAUUAAUACCUGGUUUAACCAAAGAACAGUAUACUCAACUGAUGAGCCUUCUUCAACAAUCUGGUCUCAAUGAAUCAUCAUCUCAACCUGUCAUCAUGGGUUCUGCAAACUUUGCUGGUAGUUCUUAUUCCCUACCUGUGUGUCUGAAUGGUACCUCUAAUGUGCGUUUGUUGACUAAUGUAGCUGAAAGGAUAUGGAUAGUGGAUUCUGGGGCCACUGACCAUAUGACUAUAAAAACCUUCUUUUCAAUAUUACUCCUCUACCUAUCCCUUAUCUAG